UAACGGGGAACUCUUUGCUGCAAGGGCAGGAGAAUGAGUGGGCAGCGUGUGGAUGCCAAAGUUGUGAUGCUGGGCAAAGAAUACGUGGGCAAGACCAGCUUGGUGGAAAGAUAUGUUCAUAACCGCUUCCUCGUGGGUCCCUACCAGAAUACAAUAGGUGCUGCAUUUGUGGCCAAAGUCAUGCCAGUGGGAGGCCGGACUGUGACGUUGGGGAUUUGGGAUACAGCUGGUUCGGAAAGGUAUGAGGCCAUGAGCCGGAUAUACUAUCGUGGGGCAAAAGCUGCCAUUGUGUGUUAUGAUCUUACUGAAAGCAGCAGUUUCCAGAGAGCAAAAUUCUGGGUGAACGAACUGCAGAACUUUGAGGAGAACUGCAGGAUCUAUUUGUGUGGCACAAAGAGUGACUUGUUGGAUGACGACAGGAGAAAAAGGGGAAUUGACUUCCAUGAUGCACAGGACUAUGCUGACGAUAUCAAAGCUGAGCUGUUUGAAACCUCCAGUAAGACAGGACAAAACGUAGACGAGCUCUUCAAGAAGGUAGCUGAAGACUACGUGCAGUUUAGUGCAUUUCAAGAAAUGACAGAGGAGAAAGGAGUAGAUCUGAGCCAGAAGAACACUCCCACCUACUUCUACAGCUGCUGCCAUCAUUGAAUUCUCUUUAAUUUGCCGAAAGCAGUGUUCCCUUCCUGGGUUUCCUUUGCAGUUCAUGCUCUUGAGAUGGUUCACAUCUUUUGUCGGCUACAUGGAACAUUUUGCCCAUUGGACAUGCAGAGCAUCACUGGCUGGCACCUCUUCUGGGAAGAGAGAGUGCAGCAGACCCAGGUUUUUUUUUGUUGCAUCUACCGCAAGACUUGUUGCCGAGAGACUGGGAUUGCCUUGUGACCUUCUCCCUUCCAGAGGCUUGCUAAAUUAUUGAAGUGUUCCAGGAAUUGUUUUUCACAACAGGCUUCAUUGCAGAAGACAGCCUGUGCUGACUUUGGUGGAUUCUGCCCUUUGGAAGGUGUUGCCUG